AUGCCGGAUAUUGACUUCAGUGCUCUGGCGGCUGCUGCCGAUUUCGACAACUUCCGCCAGGCGCCGACUCUGGAUACUCUCGCCAACAAUGCUCUCCUCUCUCCCAACACCAAAUUAGAGCAAGCCCUCGCCAACUCAGCAGCCAAGGGCCUCCCGCCCAUCAGCGUCACCCCAAUGUCUGGGCAGCAUCUAUCAGUCCUCACUCAACUCAUGGGCGCCAAGUCAGUGCUAGAAAUUGGCACACUUGGCGGCUACUCAGCUAUCUGUUUUGCCCAAGGAGGUGCCAAAGUAACGAGCAUUGAGAUCGAUCCGAAGCAUCGCGACGUCGCACUUGAGAAUGUUGAAGGUCUUGACGUGGAGGUUUUACUUGGAGCUGCACUUGAUGUACUACCCAAGCUGGCCGAGGAAAAACGACAGUUCGAUAUGGUCUUUAUCGAUGCUGAAUUUGAGGAUCAUAUUGAGCACUUCGACUGGGCUGUCAAACUGACCCGGCCUGGUGGAUGUGUUUUCUUUGACGACGUGGUGCCGGCCAUGUUCAAGAAUGGCGAAGUAAAACCAGGAGCGGAUUCUAUCUUGACGCAUAUUGGAAAGGACCACAGAGUCAAGGCGGCCCUGAUGCCCAAUGUGGCUUGUCACCCUAUGUUGCCUACACCUAUCUUUAAUGGCUUUGUAUUGGCUCUAGUCAAGGAGCAUUCAUGA